GGCGCAACGGACUCCAUGUCCGCCCACGCCGACGUGCGAUCAGCCAGCCUCCAGCAAUAUCUGUCAACGCCCUCCCAUGGACAUGCGCCCGCCUUAGCCAUGCGUCCUCCAUCAUCACUAUCCGUGCCUUUUAUCGACUCUCUUCUCCGGCCGUAGCGCUGCCUCUCGCCGUUUUCCUGCGCUCCUUUGCUGGCUCGGUUUGGCACUGAGGGCCACCGAUUCUUCCCACGACCAUGGCGUCCCCAGUGUCUCAGCGACGCCUCGUCUUCUCCAUCAUCUAUCGCACGCUCUAUCUUCUCCUCUAUGUCGUCCUUAUCGGCCUGCUCGUCGCUACCCCUGCCGAUGCCAUCCAGCGCUCGCUCCGCAACGGCCAGCUGUACAAUAUCUGGAUCAUCGCUGCCGCGUACUUCACUGCUAUCCUCAUCGUCACCUUUGUCUUCUUCACCCGCCUCUACAUCAACAAAACCGACCUCGACUCCAUCCCCAAGGCCUGGGUGCCCAUCGAAAAGGGGGAUGUGCGUUCUGCCGUCCACAAGGCCAUCGCCACUGGCCUCGGAAGGAGCGCUGCCAUUGCCUACGAGUCCCGCCCGAGGCUCGAUCCCGACGACCGAGUGGAGCGGGAGGAGUCCAUCCGGCCGCAGUCUAAGCAGAGUGCAGUGGGCUCUGGAAUGGCGACCGAGGACCUCUUGGUGAACCUCCCACGUCGACGGGCUGUAUGGGGCGAAAUUGAGCACUUUGGCUGGGCUUCGCCAACAUCGCCGGAUUUGCCCAACUUGCAAUACACGACCGUCCUCUCCGAACUGCCCAAUCUCAUCGAAGGGAAGGCUUUGACACUGGCGCCUCCGGAUCCCACUUCUCAGACGGACCCGCCCAUUCUGGACCCCGAUGCCGUGGCCCUGCUCCAGCGGACCGCCAACAUGAGUCUGCGCGACUACAUUGUCCACCUCUCAAGUCUGGGAAUUGUUGAAAUGAACACCACCUCCACCAAGUUCCUGUCACACUACGAGUAUGCACGCUUCUCGAACCGGCCCAUCUCCAACGCUCGGUUUAAGGAGCUGAUGCAUCUCUUUGCCGAGAUUCUGCGAGCCAUGGAACCCUUCGACCCCGACAUGCUGGACGGUGACCAGGCAGAAGACGAGGAUACAUCCUCGCCUUCAAGUAUCAUUGAAUACGAUGGCGCUGUUGGAACCAACCCCGGUACACCCCGCGGUAACAUGUCCGGUUCCGAUGCUGGCAGCAUCAGCAGCUCAACACGAAGGGCUGGGCGUAAGGCGUCCACGAAUACUUGGAACUUGUACUGCACAGCACCAAACAGCUUAAGAAGCGGAGUAUCGGGGGCUGUCUCACAUAAACCCAGCGUCACCAGCCUUGCACAGAGCCGGCGACACUACCUCAUGAACCAACCAUCCACGCCAAGCUUGAGGUCCAAGUCCUCGGCCAGCUCAGCUUCCGUUAUCCGCUUGGCGACGCGGCAUGAUUCCACCGACCUACCAUACAUCCUCAGCCUCAGAGAUACCCUUGGCAAUUGAUAAGAUACCCAGUACAUAUAAACUAGACUUUACAAACAUGAAGGGGGAUGAGGGAUGAGAAUGGCCGGGAGAACACAGCACACACAGCACAACAUAGUACAGCAUUGCACGACAUGGCAUGUAACGAAUUUUAUGACUACACACUGCACAGGGUUAAACCUGGCUAGAAUUUUCUAAUUUUAAUGUAUUCUUUGGUCUUUAAUUAUGAACAUUCCAC